AUGGUUCUCGCUACUGAGAUCAAGGGCUACAACGUGUUGCCUGUGCUGUUGCCGAAGGCUCAGACCACCCAUUAUAUAUAUUUUAAGAAGCACGAGACUAGAUCUACCGAUAACCAGAAGAAUAGCAGUGGAAGAUCCAUCUUCUUAUGCAACCUACCCAUUGGAACAACCACGUCCACACUCAAGAAAUUCUUUCAGGAAGUCGCUAUCGGUGCCACUAUCGAAACUUUUGUUGCAAGUUUGUUAAAUGACUGCCCUGAGGACGUGUGGAUCAAUUUGACGAAACUCACAUCUGAUCUUGAGUUCAAUCCCGACUUGCAAUCGGCCAGAAACACCAACGAUGAGGCUGCCAGAUUGCCCAAAAACUGUGGUGUAGUAACUUUUGUAGAUAAACUGGCCUUCCAACUUGCUUACACUGCCAUCAGGAAGUUGUCUGCAGCCAGAACUGUAUCUUCAUGGCCGUUUUCAACCUACGAUUCCAAGUACUUUUUAAACCACUACAAGUCACAGAUUCUUGAUGCCGAAGCUUUGUCUGAUGCGGUGUCACAGGCCCUUGUAGACUUUGAUAGAGCCGAACAGGAGUCUCGUGAUAACUUGCAGCAGCAAACACAGUUGGUAGACGAAGACGGAUUUACUUUGGUUGUAGGCUCUCAUAGAAAAACAAAGGCUGGGAUCAUGGGCAAACAGAAGCUUGCCGCCACCGUUGAGUUGGACAAGGCCAAUACCAAGUUGAAAAAGAAGGAAAAGGAAGAUUUCUACCGUUUCCAGUUAAGACAGAGAAAAAAGGACGAAAUGAACGAGUUACUCCAGAAGUUCAAGUUGGACCAGGAAAAGGUCCGUUUGAUGAGAGAAAAGAAGAGAUUCAGACCCUAUUAG